CUUUCGACAUUGUUUUCGUUUUUCGGAGUAACUUGUAGCUCCGGUUCCACACUGUGGUUGCAUUUUUGCUUUGAAGAGAAACAUUUGAAUUAUUAGUGCUGAGCAGAAGACUGUUAAGAGCGUCAGUAUAUUCGCCGAGGGUUUAAAUGCUGCCUGCCAUUAUGUUUCUAUCCCUUGCACCCUGGUUGGUGCUUGGCGUGCCUCCUAUGUGGACCCAGCCAGAACAAGUGCACCUCUCCUAUGUGGGCGUACCGGGCUCCAUGGUGGUGACCUGGACAACCCUUAAUAAGACUGAGAGCAGGGUGGAGUACGGUUUCUUUGGAGGUCGUCUUUUUGACAUGAGUACCAAAGGUGACGCCACUCUGUUUGUGGACUCAGGAGAGGAGAAGAGGCAGAUGUUCAUCCACAGAGUAACACUCACAGAGCUCAAACCUGCUGCUGCGUACGUCUACCACUGCGGCAGCGACGACGGAUGGAGCGACGUAUUCUCCUUCACUGCUCUGAACGACAGCUUAAGUUUCAGCCCCAGGUUUGCUCUGUACGGGGAUCUGGGCAACGAGAACCCUCAGUCUCUGGCUCGACUGCAAAAGGAGACUCAGCUUGGCAUGUAUGACGCCAUCCUGCACAUAGGGGACUUUGCCUACGAUAUGGACGAGGAUAAUGCCAGAAUUGGAGACGAGUUUAUGAGACAGAUUGAGUCCAUAGCAGCCUACGUUCCCUACAUGACCUGUCCAGGCAACCAUGAAGCUGCAUACAACUUCUCAAACUACAGGAAUCGCUUCAGCAUGCCCGGCCAAACCGAGAGCCUGUGGUACAGCUGGAAUCUGGGGUCAGCGCACAUCGUCUCCUUCUCCACAGAAGUUUACUUCUAUCUCGAAUAUGGCAUGGACCUUCUCUUUAAGCAGUACGAGUGGCUGAAGGCUGAUCUGGAGAAAGCCAACAAACCUGAAAACCGGGCACGGCGUCCAUGGAUCAUCACCAUGGGACACAGACCCAUGUACUGCUCUGAUGAUGACCAGGACGACUGUACAAAGUUUGAUUCUUGGGUCCGACUUGGACGGAAAGACAUCAAACCACCUGCUCCUGGUCUUGAAGAAUUAUUUUACCGCUAUGGGGUGGAUGUGGAGCUGUGGGCACACGAGCACACAUAUGAGAGACUUUGGCCCGUCUAUGGUGACAAGGUGCGCAAUGGGAGCGCAGAGCAGCCCUACGUUAACCCUAAGGCCCCAGUGCACAUAAUAUCUGGCUCUGCUGGCUGCAGGGAGAGGACGGACAGGUUCAAUCCAAACCCUAAAGAGUGGAGCGCCUUCCGCAGCACCGACUACGGCUACAGUCGCAUGCAAGUGGUAAACUCCACCCACCUUUACAUGGAGCAGGUGUCCGAUGACCAGCAUGGGAAAGUGAUUGACAGCAUCUGGGUGGUGAAGGAAAAACACGGCUUCUCUGCCUGGUUAUGAAGAUUGUCAUCCAUAAAAAAAUAAAUCUACUCACAGAGCAAAACCUCUUAUUUAAUCAUUUUAGCACUUUUGAAUACACUGCAGCUGCUUUUAGCAUUCCUCAGAUUUUAUGUGUCGCUGUUUACAGACUUCCCAAACAGAGUGCACCUUUUAUUCAAGAGUUUUCACAGUUUUGAUCAAUUUUACACAACUCCUUUGAUAGGAUUAUUUUAGCUGGAGAUUUUAAUCUGCACGUGGAUAACCUUUUAGACCCUUUAGCCACAGAUUUUUUUAAACAUCUUGAAUUAUAUGGAUUUUACCCAACAUGUCACGCAGCCAACUCACAACAGAGGACACAUCCUGGACCUGGUCAUCACGUAUGGCCUGUCCACUGGUGUGUCCUCUGUUGUUGACUUGGCAGUGUCCGAUCACUAAUGCGUAUUUUUUAACAUCACCAGCGUUAUCCAGUGCGGGCCCUCUGUGAGAACUGUAAGGAGGCGUCAUCUAACCCCUGAAGUGGCUGCUGGUUUUCUUUAAGCUUUUAACAACAUCCCUCCAACUAACGUCUCCGCCUCCUGUGAUGCCAUUAUCAAUGAUUUUAACAGAAGACUUGAGUCAGCUCUUAACUUGCUUGCUCCACUCAAAACAAAAAACUUACAGUCAAAUCCUACAUCACCUUGGAGAAAUGAAAAACUAAGGAAACUAAAGAGAAACUGCAGAGUGGCGGAGAGGAGCUGGAGGAAAAGCAAAUUAAAAAUAAAUCAGACAUAUUCAGAACUACUUAAACCAUACAAUAAGCCGUAAGAAAUUCAAGAAAUGCAUAUUUUCCCAAAAUCCUCUCAGACAAUAAAAAUAACCCUAAAAUAAUUUUCUCCACAAUCAAUAAUAUUUUCAACUCCAACCAAAACUCAACUCAGAAAAACCCCUCGAACACUCUCUGUGAGGAGUUUGCAGCCCACUUCAGAGGGAAGGUAGACACCAUCAGAUGUAACAUUUUAUCCUCUCAACGUCACGUGGUUUUAGACACAUCUGAGAGUCUACCUGAGGAAACACCGGACAGUUUUAUUCUGGUUGAAGCUGAGAAUCUUGAUAAAGUUUCUCCUCAGUGACACCCACCACAUGUGCCCUGGACCCUAUUCCCACUAGAUUUUUUAAACAAUUUUAUGAUUCUUUUAGAGAUGAGCUUUUAACUAUGAUGAAUUGCUCCCUUCAGACGGGGGUCUUUCCAGCCGCUUUUAAACGGGGGGUGGUGAGGCCCCUGCUGAAGAAGAACAAUUUAGAUUUUAAUGAUUUAAACAAUUGUCGACCAAUAUCCAACUUAUCAUUUUUAAGCAAAUUUUAGAAAAGCUUGUUUUAAUUCAAUUUAAUGACUUUAUCAACACUCAUAAUGUCCUCGAAAAAUUUCAGUCUGGUUUUAGGGUGAACCACAGCACCGAGACCGCCCUUCUGAAGAUUUUAAAUGAUUUUGGAGUAAAUUAUGAUAAACGGAAUGUGACGGUGUUGGUUCUUCUGGAUCUAAGUGCUGCUUUUGAUACAGUAGACCACACUAUUCUUUUAACUCGUUUGAAACGGAUCGGUCUCUCUGGUGCUGUUCACCGAUGGUUCACUUCCUACCUCACAGACAGGACUUUUAUGGUGAGUUUGGAUAACUGUUCCUCUAGGUUCAUGAGAUUACAUGUGGUGUGCCCCAAGGUUCAAUUUUAGGCCCGUUGCUUUUUAACCUUUAUAUGCUCCCUCUUGGCGGGGUCAUCAGGAGACACGGGGUGAAUUUCCAUCUACGCUGAUGAUACACAGCUGUACAUCUCUGUAUCUCCUGAUGACACACGGCCAAUGGACACACUUUUUAAUUGCAUUUUUGACAUCAAAUCCUGGAUGGCAGAAAACUUUCUCCAGCUCAACCAGGACAAAACUGAAGUUUUAGUUAUCUGCCCUGAGGCCCAGAGAGAGAAGCUUUUACCAAAACUACGAUGUCUCUUAAUCCAUCUUUACAAGUGAAGAACCUGGGUGUCAUCUCUGACUCUGAGCUGACUUUUAUCCAUCAUAUGGGGCGUGUGUGUGUGUGCAUGUGUGUGUGCGCCGGCGGAUGAGAGUUGUGAAGGGGUUUUUGUUGUCAGUCUGUUUUUAAAUUCUGGGAAUGGGAGGGAAUGUGGUUAUGCAGGGAAUGGUUUUUAAUUUGUUAAGCACUUGGAGUUGCAUUCAUUGUAUGAUUAAGUGCUGUAUAAAUAAAGUUUGAUUUGAUUUGAUUUGAUUUGAGAGCUUCGAACAAGCACAUUUUUGCUACAUCAGGUAGUCAGUCAUUUGAGAUUCUUCUUUCUAAAAUUGUUCCUGAUUAGAGUCAUUUCCACUGUCCAGCCACUGUAAGAUCAGAAUAUGAUAAUCGUUUGCCGUAAAUGUAUAUAAUGUAAUGGCAACCUACUCAGUGGUUUAAAAACACCUUGGAUUAAAUUCGGUUUUUGGAUUUCCUCGCUGUAAUCCAUCAUUGUAGUCAACUUUGAGCUGCUUUUUGUAUCGUUUUUCAUCAACAGGUAAAUGAAGAUCCCUUCUUUGCUGCCUGAAUAAUAAACUGUCCAAAAUCUGGCACUCUCUAA